CGGAUGAUCCUGUGCCCAGAGCGCGCACGGACCACAAUCCAGGACUCCGCUGGGUCGCGCAGUUGCUUUCUUGGAUGGGCUCGGUUUGAUGCGCCGCACGCGACACCCACAUGGAGAAAUAACGAUCGAAGGCCACGUGCUCCCAGCCCACUCGUGCACGCAAAUUCGCCCGUCCCGCCGUGCACGGCCCCUCCAUUCUGCUCAUCGCUUCUAUCGACGACCAGCGCGGCAGCGACAUGUCCCGCCGUCUGCCCAAUCUCACGACGCCGUCCUCGAUGGCGACAGCGCACGCGCUCGCUAUCCUGGGCGAGUACACGCACACCCUCGACUCCCUGCCGCUCGACCUCUCGCGCAACUUCGCCGAUCUUCGCGAGCUCGACGCCGUGCUGUCGUCGUCCAUGUCUGUCCUCACCACCAAGAUCACCCAGCUCACCGUCAUGCUCGAGAACAACGUCGCAUCCAAGGAAGACCGCUUGUGGCUGCUCGCCGAGAUUGCGGACGAGGCGACGCGGCUCAAACUCGGUGGCGAGGACAAGAUUCGCGUUGCGUGCCACGCGGCCGACGGGCUCAGGGCACACAGGAUGCACAUGAAGACUCUUAUACACGAGAUCACCGACGCCGACUUUGGCAGCAUCGAUCUGCUGUGCAGGAAGACGAUCUAUCCUCAUGUAGCCGCGCGUUCCUACAUGCCCCUCGGUACUGCUGGCGAGGGCGGACGGAGGCAGCGACGAGGAGCUGGAGCUGGGGUGUACGGCAACUUUGCUAACAAUGGCGCAGUUGAUGCGAGCCCCACCAAGAAGAGGAAAGCAGGUGCAAAGGAUGACGAUCCUGACCCAGUUGGCAGGACGCCGAGGAAGGAGAGAAUAGUGGAUGCCUCGAGACCACGCAAUACGGCCAGGACUAAACGCCCGGAACGCGCACCCUCACCUGCGGAGUCGCUGGUCUCCAUAGCCUCGCCGUUGCCACAAUUGGCAAACCAAGGAUCAGGGCCAUCCACGUCAAGACAGACCGCUAAUGGACGAACCAACGGAAAUGCCAACAAACGAAUGCGUACUGCGAACAAUGAUCAUGCCGCUGUGCAAGUCGACUCGCCUCGACACGAUGUGUACGAAGGUCCGCCGUCCGCUGCCCAUCCCUCCCUUCCUGUACCAUAUGCGAACGGUCUUCAAGGUACCAACAACUCACGUGUCGUGAACGGUGCCACGGAUUGGACCCACGGACAGCUCGAGGGCCCUGGCAUGCCCGUCGCGCGGAACUAUGCCGACGGUGUUGUGGUGGAAGCAGGAGAGGGAUCUGUGCAUGGAGGGACGGAGGGUGAUGGCGAAGCCGACGACGGGCGCACGUAUUGCUACUGCAAUGGAUUCAACUACGGGGUCAUGGUUGCUUGCGACGGAGAGAAUUGCGAACGGGAAUGGUUCCAUCUGCCUUGUAUCGGAUUGCCAGAAGCUCCGUCGGGGUCCUGGUUCUGCGACUUUUGCCAAGCGAAACGAAAUGCACGGCGCCCUGGCCGCGGCGGAAGGAAGAGACCUGGAGGUGGUCGAGCGAAUGCUCGGAAUGCAGCGGCGUGAGACGGUGUGUAUUAUUAUUGUGUUUUCC